AUGAGGAAAGGCUUCAAAAUAUGCUGUGGUUUAAGUUUACUUUUGGUGAUAAUUGUUUUGGUUGUUCUUAUUAUCGUUUUCUUUACUGUUUUGAAGCCUAAACAACCAGAAGUGUUUGCUCAUCCGGCACACCUCACUCACAUAAAGGUUGGAUUUUUUCCUGCCUUUGAACUUAAUGCGACAUUAGCUCUUUUAAUUACGAUUAAUAAUCGCAUUUACGGUAGUUUCAAGUAUAACAAUGGUACAGCUUAUGUCUACUACCGUGGAAUCGAAAUAGCUGAAGCAGCAAUUGAUGCAGAUAAUAUUCCUGCGCGUUCAAAACACAAUAUUAGUACGAACGUUGAUGUUACCGCCGACAAAAUGGUAUUUGUUCCUAGUUUUUGGGACGAUGUUGGUGCUGGAUUGUUUAACUUCUCAUCAUCAACGACCUUGCACGGAAAAGCUAGCUUGUUAAAGAUAUUCAAGAUAAAAGCAGUUGCUGAGACCAAUUGCAAUAUAUCUAUCUUAUUCCUACAACAGAGAAUUGAUUCAAAUUGUUAUUCCAAAAUCAAGUUAUGA